AUGCUGUUAACUAGUACUGUAGCUUCUCAUCUUCCAAGUUGCUGGUAUCACAUUCCUAACCAUCUUAAUAUCCAUCAACAUCAUAUCCAACAAAAGAGAAAAUUCACCACUCUAUCACUUGCCAAUGCUGAUACCCAUAUUCCCCUCACAAACUUCUUUGGCCUAAGUCUUCCUCAUACCCAUAAUAAUUGCAACAAAGGCCAAGAAAACAGUAACAGGUCUAGGUACAAUUCUGAUUAUUCCAAUCAUAACCACAAACACCACUUGGUACUUUUCACAAACAUGUGGUGGGUAGAUGUGAAAGCAGCAGUUGGCCAAAGAAUCAACUUGGAGGCAAUUCUAUGUUCAACUAUGGUUAUCUUAAAAGACCCAAAAUUUGCAUUGCCCCAUAUUUCUGUUCCUGAUAUAAGGUACAUUGAUUGGGCUGAGUUGCGUAGAAAGGGUUUUAAGGGUGUUGUGUUUGACAAGGAUAAUACUAUUACAGCACCUUACUCUUUGACGCCAUGGCCUUCGCUUGAGUCUUCAUUGGAACGUUGUAAAUCGGAGUUUGGUCAUGAUAUUGCUAUAUUCAGUAACUCUGCUGGGCUUUAUGAGUAUGACCAUGAUGGUUCAAAAGCUAGGAUGCUUGAGGGUGCAAUUGGAAUUAAAGUCAUCAGACACAGGUUGAAGAAGCCAGCUGGUACAGCUGAAGAAGUUGAAAAGCAUUUUGGUUGUGAAUCUUCCAAAUUAAUCAUGGUGGGUGAUAGGCCCUUCACGGACAUUGUUUAUGGCAAUCGCAAUGGGUUUCUAACUAUUUUGACAGAGCCACUUAGUCUUGCUGAGGAGCCAUUUAUUGUUAAGCAGGUGAGGAAGCUAGAGACUUCAUUCGUAACUUAUUGGUCUAGAAGAGGGUUGAAGCCACUUGGUCACCAGUUAUUGCCAGAUCCCAUGCGGUGUGUCAAAGAGCCACGUCCUAUUUUCAAAUCAUAAGUUUUUUAAUAAUUCUCUUUAGAUAUAUUUUAUUGAAAUUAUUAAAUUACUUUCAAAGGUAAAAAUGUUAUAUUGGCAUUGAAUGGUUGCAUCUCUAUCAGGCAUUCCCCUCAACUGGGUCCUGAUCUUUAAUUGUCUGGAUUAUUCAUUCAUGGUCCAAGCAUUAUUAAUAAGCUCGUUAUC